AGCGAGUGGCCUAGUCGGAAGGGACGAGGGACCGCUCCGCUUGACAGUCUAGUCUGAUCCUUAGUGGAGGUUCUGUGUACCUUGCCGCGCUCCGUGCUGACUCUAAACAUAUGAAGGCUGCCCUGUUUAAGAAGUGGUCUCUGUCGUGCCCUGAAGCCGUCGCGACUCAUUCCUGUAAUGAUGCUUAGUGAGAUGUGUUUACAGUGUGCACUGUGAAAACUGAAUUGCGUGUUCCUCGUUUAGCAGUGAUGUAAGGACCUUUCCUUAUUUCUUACACCCGGGCUGUGAUGGCGCUUGUGAAGUUGAUACCAUUAUUACUGACAAUUUUAAAAUACGGACAAGGAGUUUCAUUUGAUUACGAAUAUCUUCCGCACAAUGAUGAACUUCCCGCCGUCAGAACAAGGACUAAUGAAUCGAGAGGUGCUCCGCCUCACUCUCUACAAGUAUAUGACGCUUCCAUACAGAAAUGUCGCUGUGACGGGAGUGAGGCUUGGGAUGGCAAAGACUGCACACUGGCACAGACAUAUGUGGCUGUAACAAACCCUAACACUAAUGAAGUUACCGGGGUCCCAACUAGUGCGUUUCGUGUGGCGAUUGGUGAGGUUCGGUGCUCACAGGAUCAAGUGAAGGUUCCUUUGGACCCAAACAAAGGUUUCUAUAACCAGUUUUCUCUCCUUCCCAAUGGAUCGCUGUACUGGCAAAGACAUGCCUAUGAAAAAUAUUGUUUUGAUCACACGUUCGAUGAGGAUGGGAGCCCUAACUUGUGGAAGGCGGAGGUGUGUCUCCCACCACCAGUCGUGCCACGAUGCUGCAACAGUAUGUCGCCAUCUUCGGACGGUGCAUGUAACACUGGUUCCGUUCAGCGAUACUCGCCUCCUAUCAUGGUAGACGAAUUAGUACUACAGUGGUUAGAAAUAAAUGAAAAAAGCACGAAUGUGAUAUGCAGUGAAUAUGAGAACCUGCUUACUCUCCCAUUGAACACAUCUAAAGCAAACCUCAAGUACGAAUCUAAGAGCGUGUUUCUGUCGUGGUCAUUACCUGACGGGAGGGAGUACAGUCAGAGAGAAGAUUAUUGUGUGGAGCUCGAUAUCGAAGAAAAGAACUAUGUUGCUUCUGUCUGUUACACCGACCAAGAGCGUCUGUGCAGCAGCGCCACUUGUGUUCGCAAAUGUUGUCCUGAGGGAAAAGUCAUGGUCGGGACUGAAUGCGCUCCUGUUGAAGACAGGACCGAUUUACUAUGGACGCCUACGUUUACUGAUGCAAGUGACCUUGAAUCUAGUGUUAGGCCACCGGAGGACUUAACUUGGCUUUAUGGAUUACCUCAGUGUAACUUGUUUGUCCUUAAUCCUGACGAUGAAAAAAAAGAAAAAUUUCUUUUGUUAAACAAUGGAAAACUGUUUCGUCCGGAAUGGCAAGAGUUUUAUCUGCCCAGCCGUUACUGUAUUGAAAACUUUGUGGAACAAGAAGAGCCUCAUACAAGAGCACUUGUCUGUUUUCCCGAGGGAUCAAGUGACGAUGCAUUGUGCGGGACCAUCAACAGAAAGGUGUACCCAGUCUUGCUCCUGGUGUCCAGUGUCUGUCUUGGCGUCACCCUGGUGGUCUACAUCAGCUUGGCGGACAUUAGGGACAAACUGCACAGCCGCUGCCGUAUAUCCCUCGUGGCAGCCCUCUUCGUGGCCUACACCUUGCUGGCCACGACAAAGCUGGCCAGAGACACGCUUCCCGAAACACUCUGUUCGUGCUUUGCCUCCGUUACGCACCUGGGCAUGCUGGCCGCCUUCUUCUGGCUCAAUGUAAUGUGCUUCGACAUGUGGAGAACGUUAAGGAAGACCAGAAUAGCGGUGGAUGGAGGGCGCGCUGCCCAGCGGCGUUUUCUAUUCUACAGCCUGUACGCGUGGGGGUGCCCUCUGUUCAUCACCAUCGUGGCCGUCGUUAUGGAGCAUCUGCCGCCCUCAUACGAUGUAAUACGACCCAAUUUUAAGACCUGUUGGUUUCAAGAUAAGGCGGCCUACUGGGUGUACAUGUACGGGUGGAUGAUGGUACUGGUGGUGGCCAAUGUCAUUUUUUUCAUCCUAGUGGCCAUCAUCCUCAUCAAGGCUCAGAAUGACCCACUUCUCAAGCGGAGCCGAGAAUACAACAGAGAAAGGAUGUGGCUGUACGCGAAACUGUUCCUGGUGAUGGGCGUCACUUGGCUGGGAGAGGUGGUGUCCUGGCAGGCCGGCGCCUGUAGAGCCUCGAUAGCGACAGACAUCCUCAACGCCCUGCAAGGCUUCACCCUUUUCCUGGUAUUCGUAUGCAAAAGAACUACUCUGAAGAAGCUGCAGGGUAAGUGUGGUUGUACCGGUAGUGGGAUAAGUCGUCCUUCAACAACUUUAACAUCAACACUCUCGUACUUUUCAAAGUCUUCCUCAGUCUGCAGGACGAGGGACAACAAUGUAUGUGUUCCAGUCGGCAGUUCAACCAGAAGGUCUUCUGCAUCUCCGAACUCGAGAGACUGCAACGUUCCGUCUACUGUACCCCUGCAAACCGUGCGAGAGACGCCAGAUGAGCCCUCAGAACUAUCCCAUGGCGAGGCACAAGAAACAACUACUAUAAUCCAUGAGAGAGAUUGUGAAGUUGAUAAGGAGACUGGAACGGUUCAGGAAACCACGCCCCUAAAGACAAUAUAUUCUACGCCGUCACAGUCAACUGAAACCCAUCUCGAAAAUUAAGCGAAGCUCCAUGAAUCACCAGUGUGUGCGUGUGUGGAUAUGGGUCACAUCCUCACUGCAUUUGGUAAUAUGUAAACUUUCGCCAAUUUUAUUUAUUUUUUUUUUCUGAACUUUCCAAUUUGCUUAAUAUGAGGAUCUCUGCAAAAAGUUCCUGUGCUGAUGUUCUCUCUCUCUCUCUCUCUCUCUCUCUCUCUCUCUCUCUCUCUCUCUCUCUCUCUCUCUCUCUCUCUCUCUCUCUCUCUCUCUCUCUCUCUCUCUCAUGGAAUACUUUUUUUUCUAUAAUGUACACUCACUCAGAGUACUGUUACACAAUCAGCACAAAACAAACCGACACCAAGGAUAACAGGCUACUCAUGUUGGUAAGAGUGCGUUUAUUGUGAAGCUGCACCUGCGUGAAUCAAAUGAAAUUAAGCAAUAUGAUUUCAGAUGCCGCGAUAACGUUUCAUGAAACAGGCGAACCUUAGUCCCACACACUUACGAACCCUGCAGAAACUACCGGGUUGUUCAGUGUGAAAUUGGGCGGACCCCACUGUAACGAUACUUCUUUGAGCGUGUGUAUUUUCAUACAUUUGUACGAGUACGAAGAUGCAUCUGCUCGAUUCGAUUAAUAUUCCUCCGGUUCAGUACAUGCGUCUCUGAUUGAUGUUAUUUAUGUAAUCAUCUCCCACUCUAGGCAUAUUCAAUUUCAGAUUGAUGAAAUGAUUUUGUUCUCUCAAAGUUCUUUGUAUAACGACGAUUUUUUUCCCUACGAUAAUGGUGAAAAAAGUAUACAUUUUUAUUUC